CCUAAGACGACCGACAACAACUUUUCGAUUUUAAUUUUUAAUUUAUCCACUUUGUUUUUUUACAAAUCACGUAUUUUUGUUUUGACAUAAAUACCUUAGAAAAGCAAUUCGAUUUAAAUCCAUAGCUUUAAGUGAAGUUGCACGAUUGCUUUUUCUUUUCAACGUACUAAAGUCGUUCAUACCGUCUUAUGUUUUGACUGUAGAAAUACUUAAAUUUUAAUUUCACGCGGGAUACUAUUAUCGGAAUCAGUAAGGUCGAUAUUUUAAUCCACACUUGUAUUGAGAAUACAACAUAAGUACAACGAUGUCGGUGGAAAAAGACAUAAUAAAAAUACAACAAAAACUACAGAAUAUGUCGGACGAAAACGCCGACCAAACCCAAGCGCUCGAUUUGCUAAAGGCCCUUAAAGAUUUGCCUAUAACUUUGGACAUUCUUACCAAAACUCGAGUGGGAAUGACGGUGAAUUCUUUUCGGAAGAGUUGUAAAGACGAGGAAGUAAUCACUUUUUCGAAAGCAUUAAUUAAAAAUUGGAAAAAGUUACUUAGCGGUGACAAAACGGCAGCGCAAGAACCCAAAAAGGAAAAGAAAGAGAGAAAAAAAUCCGAAGAAAAAGAACAAAAAAUCGAUUCAAAGAAAGACACCCCAAAGCCGGUAGUCUUUCCUACUCCAUCGACGACGGAUGCUGUGCGUUUAAAAUGCCGCGAACUACUUGUUUCGGCGUUAAGAACGGAGGAUGAAAAUAGUGGUUGCGCGUCGGUUGAAGAACUUGCAGACGAAUUAGAAGACGCCAUUUUCUUAGAGUUCAAAAAUACUGACGCCCGUUAUAAGAACAGAGUGAGGAGUAGAUAUUCCAACUUGAAAGACGCUAAAAACCCGCAAUUAAGAAACAACUUCAUUGUCGGUGCCAUUACAGCUGCUCAGUUGGCCAAAAUGACUUCCGAAGAAAUGGCCAGUGACGAGAUGAAAACAUUAAGAAACAAACUCAUCAAAGAGACCAUCGACGACGCUCAGCUGGCCACUGUUCAAGGAACGACAACUGACUUGCUGAAAUGCGGUAAAUGUAAAAAACGAAAUUGCACCUACAAUCAAAUCCAAACGAGAAGUGCUGAUGAACCUAUGACGACGUUUGUAAUGUGCAACGAAUGUGGUAACCGGUGGAAAUUCUGUUAAGACCAGAUUGCUAGGUAACUUUAAUUUUAUUAUUUCAAUUUUGGUCUUUAUAAGCGCUUUUAAAAAGGUAAAAUAAUAAUGAUUUGUGUCAUUGUUUUUCUUCAUAUUAUUUCCUAUUAAAAUAAUUGAAGUUGAUUUGCCUAAAUUUUAAAAUAUUCAUUAAUACUUAAUUUGUAUUUGUCAUUAGUUAAAUAAAAUCAUUACUGUGGGAUAGGCUUGAUGUGCCCAACAUGUUUUUUAACCUAAUAUAUUAUAUAUAUUAGACAAAAAUUUAUUGUAACUAAAUUAUCGAUAAAAUACUAAAUUAAGUUUACAAUAUUAAUUGUACAAUUUUAUGAUACUCAUAUUCAUAACGGCGUGAUACUCGUCACAAAUUUAAUAUUAU